UUAAGCUGCUCACUAACAAUGAAGGCCUAGAAACCAGAUCCGAGGGAUUUAAAGCUCUCCUCUGCCCCAGACAAGGAUCAACAACACGCUCAGGCAUGGCUUCACAGCUGCAGGUUUUCUCCCCUCCAUCUGUGUCUUCCAGUGCCUUCUGCAGGGUGAAAAAAAUUAAAGUGGAGAGCUGUGCUUGGGAUGCUUCCAAUGAAGCGUACAGUUCUGUGGGCCAGUACAGCUUCAACCCCGCAGCGGGCCUCCCUUUCGGCUCCUCGGGCCUGGUCUUCCCCCCAGCAUCCCGGGGCCAGGUGGUGGUCCGUGCGGCAGACAGCACCGGGAGCAUCCCGCGGGGGUCCAGCCGCAGAACCUCCCACAACACCCACCACUCGGAGUCGCACUCCUCCCGCGGGCACAGGUACGGCGUGAAGAGGAAGAAUGAGGAGAGCUCCGGAGGAGGCGGAAGCGGCAGUGGCAGUGUUCAGAUUCUGGAGGAGCUCUCGGCUCCUGCUUUCUCUGCGCGGACGGGAGGAGCGGGGACCACCGCCCAGUCCAUCCCCCACUCGGCCCCCACCACCAAAAGCAGCAGCUCCAACGGGGAAGGGGACUACCAGCUGGUCCAGCACGAGAUCCUCUGCUCCGUCGCCAACAGCUACGAAGUUCUUGAGUUUCUUGGCCGGGGCACGUUUGGGCAGGUGGCCAAGUGCUGGAAAAGAGGAACUAAUGAGAUUGUGGCCAUCAAGAUCCUGAAGAACCAUCCGUCAUAUGCACGUCAGGGACAGAUCGAGGUCAGCAUAUUGAACCGGCUGAGUGCGGAGAACGCUGACGAGUUCAACUUUGUCCGCUCCUACGAGUGUUUCCAGCACAAGGGCCACACAUGUUUGGUGUUUGAAAUGCUCGAGCAGAACCUUUACGAUUUCCUGAAGCACAGUAAGUUCAGCCCACUGCCCCUGAGGCACAUCCGCCCCAUCCUGCAGCAGGUGGCCACGGCCCUGAUGAAGCUGAAGAGCCUGGGUCUCAUCCACGCUGAUCUGAAGCCUGAGAACAUCAUGCUUGUGGACCCCAUCCGACAGCCCUACAGGGUAAAGGUCAUCGACUUCGGGUCAGCCAGUCACGUCUCCAAAGCCGGCUGCUCAACUUACCUCCAGUCUCGCUACUACAGAGCCCCUGAGAUCAUCCUUGGUCUGCCGUUCUGUGAAGCCAUUGACAUGUGGUCACUGGGUUGUGUGAUUGCAGAGCUCUUUCUGGGCUGGCCGUUAUAUCCAGGAGCUUCAGAAUAUGACCAGAUUCGGUACAUUUCUCAGACGCAGGGAUUGCCUCCUGAGUAUCUCUUGAGUGCUGGCACAAAGACAAGCCGCUUCUUCAACAGAGGACCAGACUCCAGCUACCCACUGUGGAGGUUAAAAACCCCAUCUGAGCAUGAGGCAGAAAUGGGCGUCAAGUCAAAAGAAGCGAGAAAAUACAUCUUCAAUUGUUUGGAUGACAUGAUGCAGGUCAAUCUGCCUACUCAUUUAGAAGGAACUGACAUGUUGGCGGAGAAGACGGACCGUCGGGAGCUGAUUGACCUGCUGAAGAGGAUGUUGCGGCUGGACGUUGAUAAAAGAAUUACGCCCACAAAGAUCCUGGCACAUCCGUUUGUGACCAUGAGCCACCUGCUGAACUUCCCACACAGCUCACAUGUGAAGUCGUGCUUCCAGAACAUGGACAUCUGCAAGAGAAGGAACGGUAGCUUUGACAGUGGAAAAGCCCUGUUUGCUGCUAACGCUGUUCCUGGAACUGCAGGAAACCUGACUGUGACCUUCAGCAGCCAGCUGAACCAGCACAGCCAGGUUCCGUCUGCUGGUGGAGCUGUUCCUCUCCUCAACUACCAACCAGCACUUUACCAGCAGGCCACCAUAAACAUCCCAGGCCUGGCCCAACCAAGCAUCCCCCUGCAGACCCGCCCCACUCAGCUGUGUGCUCAGACUGAACCUUUCCAGCAAACCCUCAUCGUCUGUCCCCCCACCACUAUCCAAGGGCUUCAAUCUUCUAAUAAAACCUCUAGCUAUCCUGUCCGGAUGGAGAACGCUGUUCCUGUUGUCCAGCAGAACCAGUCCACGCAGCCUCUUCAGAUUCAACCCAGCAUGCUGACGCAGGGCUCCUGUACGCCUCUGAUGGUGGCCACGCUGCACCCCCACACAGCGGGAGUGGCAUCCCAGUACCCGCUGCCCCUGGCACUGGGCUGUGGGGCAGGAAGGCCUGCCCUGCUGGAGCAGACAGCCACAGUGCUGCAGGCCUGGCCAGCGGGAACCCAGCAGAUCCUCAUACCCUCUGCAUGGCAGCAGGUGCCUGGCAUGACCAUCCACAACUCCAGCCACCAGCCCGUAGUGACCGAAUCGCCUCUGGAGACCCUGCUGUCUGAGAGCUCCACACAGCAGACGUCAAGCUGGAGGGCGUCUCAGAGCGGUCAGCACAAUGGCGUUGUCCAGCAGAACCCACACAUCCUUAGCGGCCUUAAUCUCACUCAUUCUCUCAGUCGAGGAACGUCUGCGGUCACACGGUCACAGAACAAGAGGAGCAGGAUCUGUUGUGACACUGGCAGCAGCAGUGCUGUGGUGAGCUCUCAGUCAUUCAGUGCUAUUCUCACUCAGCCCAUCAUUAUCUCUGACACCCCGAGUCCUGCUGUCAGCAUCAUCACCAUACACAGUGACACUGAAGAUGAGGACGAGAGGAAGUUCCACCCUGCUAGCUGUGGCCCUAGCCACAGGACUAAUGUGAUCAGCUGUCUAACAGUUCACGAUUCGGACUCCUCCACCGCCAGUCCUCUGACUCCCAAGAUCCAGAACGGUCACGCGAGGGUCCAGUCCUCACGACUCUUCAAAUCCCUGGCAGUGGUGGCUCCAUCUGUGAAAGCACAGCCUGUGGAAAGCUCAAUAUCAGCCAAAAUCCCAUCGGCUAUAGCUCUUCCACAGAAUUACUACAUGAAGCCUAAGAGAGCCGCUGUCGCAAGGCAGCCGAGCAGCUCUGGAGAGAGUGUCACUGACCACCAACAGGAGGAGCCCAGCAGAUCUCAACCACUCAACCUCAGUCAGGUGACCGCUUCUGUCGAUGCUCAGCGCCGCAGUGUAUCUAGGGCCCUAUGAAAUCAGUU